GUAAUGAUCCCUUUCCCUCUCGCAGCAAUGACAGCAAAGCAGUCUAACGUCGAGAGGCGCUUCCUGGUUACAGUGAGGCUAAGCUAAGGGCUAGUUCGUUCCUCCUGGGGUGUUGUUGUGCCUCCUCCGCCCAGCAGGUCUCCGCCUCAUCGUUUACCCGGUGACUCCAGUUAGUGACAGUCAGACGUACAGGUCACUUGUAAACGCUCGUUCACCGGGAUGUCUUUCCUGGAGAAGCCAUCCCCCGGUAAACCGCUGCUGGACGACACGGUCCCCCUGACGGCGGUGAUCGAAGCCAGCCAGAACCUGCAAUCCCACACGGAGUACAUCAUCAGAGUCCAGAGGGGCGUGUCUGCAGACAACAGCUGGCAGGUGGUUCGCCGCUACAGUGACUUUGAUGUUCUCAACAGCAGCUUGAUGGUUUGUGGCAUCAGUCUCCCUCUUCCUCCUAAGAAGCUGAUUGGAAACAUGGACAGGGAGUUCAUAGCAGAGAGGCAGAGAGGACUGCAGGCCUAUCUGGACUCCAUUACCCAGCAUCCACUGCUUUCCAGCUCCCUGACUGUCAAGAAGUUCCUGGACCCCAACAACUAUUGUGCCAACUACACAGAGAUCGCCCUGCAGCAGGUCUCCAUGUACUUCAGGUCAAACCUGAAGUGGGAGGUGCUUGAGCCACUCAGAGACAUUGGCUGGAGGAUAAGGAAGAAAUAUUUUUUAAUCAAGAAUAAAGAACAGCCCAAAGAGAGGUAUCUGCUGAGCUGGGUGGACCUGGGUCCUGAUAAAUUUCUGUCGGACAAAGACCUGCAGUCAGCCAUGAAGCUGUUUACCAACCUCUCUACACCGUAUCUCUGUCCGCUGUUGUUCUCCAGCACCAGUGAGUCUUCAGCUCUGCUCAUCCGGCCGUUCAGUGAGAAAGGCUCUCUGAGAGACCACAUCUGUAAGGCAAAGCCCAGAGAGAGUUACCUGAAGAAGUACUGUAACCCAAAGAAGAGUCAGGGUCUUGAACUGCCGCAGAUCAAACUGUAUGGCCGUCAGAUCCUGGAGGGUCUAAAGCUCCUCCAUGAUGGCAGUGUCUAUUUUGGUCACCUGCAUGCAUCCAAUGUCAUUGUGGACAAUGGCGUGUGUCAACUGAUGGACGUGGAAAAUGGCAUGCUGGGAGUUCCGUCUGUGUUGCGACCCAGCUUCACCCAGCUAAGGAAGAUCAAUACCACAGAAAGCAUCGACGUCUUCUGCUUUGGACACAUACUAUUCGAGAUGACAUAUGGUCGACCGCCAGACAGUGUUCCUGUUGAUCAAUACCCCCCUGUCCCCUACACAACUGUGGUGUCUGUGCUGCAGUCCAUUCUGUCCACAGAAGCCUGUAAGAGUGGGAUGCCCACAGUGUCGCAGCUCAUCCAGACACCGCUGUUCAGUGAUGUCAAGCUCCAACAGUCAGAUAAACUCCAAAUAAAGGUUCCCAGUAGGCUGAAGGAGGCCUUGAAGACGGCAAAGGAGGGCCUUGAAAAAAGGCUUCAGGAGGAGCAGAGAGUACUACACCAGCACAGAAGGCUAACCAGAGCUCAGUCUCACCACGGCUCAGAGGAAGAGAGGAAGAGGAGGAAGAUUCUGGCGAGGAAGAAGUCAAGACAGUCAGCUUAUGAAAAUGAAGAAGACGGCUCCAUCAGAAACAACAAUAAUUCUGGUUCUGGAGCCAGUUCCCCUCCCACAUGCCCAUCUUCCCCCACCCCCCCGUCCACCACAGGAGCCCAGACUGCUCCCCCUCCUCCCCCUCCUCCUCCUCCUCCUCCUCCCCCUCCUACGUUGGACUCCUCAUCUUGUCCUCCUCCUCCUCUGUCCUCCUGUGAUGGAGCAGGGGGAGGUCGUUCCGCCCUGCUGAGCUCCAUCCAGACCUUCAGUAAAGGUAAACUGAAGAAGGCAGAGACCACCAACCGCAGCAGACCUGUCACCUGACCCCGCCCACUGCCAUAAUUAUUCCUUGACCUGGAAAACAUCAUUACAGCGACAUGACGACCCAGUGGUUCUGUAUUGUAGUCUGGUUCAUGUCAUUGUUCCCUGAGAUGUGAAAGUGAAUGAAAGUACCAUUUUAGUUUGUAUCAAAGUUUCUGCUUUUACCUGUUUUUAAUUUUUAAAAUCCAUUGCUGUGGGUAGAAAGAACAGAGGGCAGGCAGUCAGGAAGUAGUUGCCUCAGUCUGCUGUUUCAAAAACUCUUGACAAUCCUUGGCACCUGAAGCUCUCUCAUUUAUAUUAUUUGGUUAUAUAAAAGUGCACAGUUGAUUGUCCUGGGCACUCUGUGGAUAUUUGAUCCCGCUGGAUGACAAACUUGAAUUUCCUGCAUCCAAUACUCAUUAUGACGUUGUGCUGCAGCAGCAGAGAAAGUGGCCCAAACUCCUGCUUGUCCUCUUUUGAAACCUUUGACAUGUAGCAUGGACUCGGCUGCUCUGUCACUUCAGAUGAAGAACACCUUCAGAAAAAACACUGAAGACGCUGCACUGCUAAAACAUCGCCAUCAACUCACUUCUGUAUGGAACUAGGCCCCAAAACCACUCUGUGACAGUUUGCUGCAUGAAAGGCAAGAUCAUUUACACCUAAUAUUGAUAUUAGAAAACACAUAAAUGUAUUGCUUUGGAAACAAGUUUGGAAACAAGUUCAAAAUCUUAAAGAACAUGUACAUUUAUUUUUUAGGAGUAAGACUGAAUAUGAAGUGUACUUGUUGCAGCUAGUUUCAUUCUAGACAAUCACUUCUGCUGUGUGUUUUGUUUGGUCUGAACUACCACUCGGAGGUUGUAGCGGUUUUUCAGCUCAGUAAGCAAAUGGCAACCUGACUGGUUAACUUUUUCCGACCAAAUGUGCAAGAGCCAAUAGCUUAGCAUGUAGCAAAAUUAACAGCAGUGCAUUUUCUUACAAAAGAGUCAACCACAACUACCAAUGGUAAUGUAUGCAUCUUUCCGUCUAUUUAUGCACUUUUAAUUUAGUCUUAAAACCCUGAGUGAAAAUUGGAGAAAAAAAAGUUGUGGUCAUCCUUUAAAAUAUUUUACCCCAAACCAUGUCAUGACUAAACAGUGGAAUCACUCUCUAUAAAGAGAGAUGCACAGAUUUCUCAAAUCUUUAUGUUCAGUUUUGUUGAGGUUUGGCUGCUAAACAUGGUGUAUGUGGCUCCCAAUGAAUCGUCUUUGGAAAUAAUCAUGUUGCUCUGUGUAAUGUCAAACUGGUGAGGCUCUUCAGGCUCUUCAUUUUCUUCAGGCUUCUGUCCCAGAACAAAGCUCUCACCUGUGAUUGUACUCAAGGUCUGAAAUGAAUCUGAAUCCUCCAGCUCCUGUGGCAUCAUUAACAAUACACCUGACAUCACUGCUGAUCAUCUUCAGUUCAUUUCUCUGAAAAUUAACUUACUGCAGCAGAGAGAGAGCCAAUCACAAUUGACUUUGUGAGCUGUAGUUUGUCAACAUUGUAGUUGUGUGGUAGUUUAUUGUUGAUCGCAAGGGCUGUCCUCAAAUUUGCCCCCAACAUUCGAGAUUAGACACCUGCUUCUCUUUAUCAUGCGAUGCCUGAACUGAAAAAUUAAAGUUUAACACUUUUCAUAGAAAUUACCUGCAUUCAUCAGCUGCGUUGAACGAAAUAUGUCAGUCAUGCCUUUACCAGAGAACAUGAAACAAAGAAAUUCUUGUUAUUUUGUCUGAAAAACAAUCAAACGAACAAAAACAUUAGUCACUAACACUUUAAACACUUUUGCCUCAACAGAAAUGUGCAUGAUGUCCAUUCAUGGGUUAAAUUCAGUUGCCUGUUGUUGUGAUUCAUGAUCGUUUUGUUUUGAUUUUGUUUUAAAUCUGUUGUGUUUUAAAGUCAUUGCUAACGCUUUUAUUUUAUUGUGCCAUAUGGAUUCCUGUGCCUAUAGAAAUCUAUAAUGUCAAAUGUGUUUAUGUUUGACGCUCUGGUAAGAAUUUCUACACUUAGCACAUACAAUGUCAUUAUGUGUUUUGAUUUGGAGUUAAUUUAUUGCCGUUUACACCAUAAAAUGUCAUGAAAAAAAUGAGAAAUGAAUAGUUUACGGUUAAAUCUAGUUUGCCAAGCUCAGUCCAAAGAUCAUGACUAUGACAUUUUUGUGUAGAUUAAUUAAACAAGAAAUAUUUAGAUGUUGACUAUAUUGUCACUGUGGAAAGCCAUGUUUUUUUCAGUUAAACUUAGCUUUCAGUUGUAUUUUUAAUGAGGCAAGAGACAACUUUCAUGUCCCCAGCUGUUCCUGUUUGGUCACUGUCGUAAAGACCCAGCAGUAGCAAAACACCAGUGUUGUGUCACAAUAAGCACCUCUGUGUGAAAAACAUGAUCACUAUUCUUGUCAUUGUUUUGGAUACAGAAUAACACAAUUCCUUGGUAUUGCCUUGUCUAAGUGGCCAAGAGAAGAACACUGCAACAGCAAAGCCCACAGGAAACUAAAGUGGAUGUUGUCACUUUUCUCAAUUUCAUAAUGACAAGUUUAAAAGAAAUCAUUGACUAUUUUGGUUCUCAUUUCCCCAGCUCUACAUUCAGCCCUGUUGUGAGUCUUGAGUGCGGGUGAAUCCUGCAGCCUGAAAACAUUUGAGCCCUUGUAUUGAAUCACAACUCUGUGCUGGGACUAUUUGUUUUCAUUAUUCUGUGCAAUCCCGUCCAACUGAGAGUCGUCAACAUGUGGAUGGUUAUAAAUUUUAACUUUCAUUCUGGCUCUUUAUGUUUAUGAGUUUUUAAAUACACUAACCCAUACCAUUUGAGGUUUUGGAAAAUAAUUUAACCAACGGAGUGUAUGACCAUGUAAGGUAUGGCAGAGCACAUAUUUGUAUGUAUGAAUAUAAUAAAAUAUGUAUAAUAACAAUUUAAGUAAAAUUGAA